AUGGCCCAAGAGACUAGUGAAUCUGUGAUCUCAAAAAAAGCAAAGUCAUAUAUUCAGGACCUCAAAACACCAUCAAGCACUGCCAAGACUGCCUAUAAUACAAGACUAUCAGAGAUUGACAAAGCGAGAUUAAUUGCAGAUGACAAAUCAAUCUGGGCCUCUCUGAACAAGACAACCCCAAAGCGCGCAACAGCCUAUAAACAGCUGUUUAGUUUUUUGACAGAAAAAUCAGGGAAAGGCCUGCAAAAACUAAAGGACAUCAAGUUUGAAGUAAAUGAGCAAAAGGUUGAUGUUGCGUUAGCCAAGUUUGGUGACGUAGGCGGAACUGGACCCUAUACUUACCAACUACUGAGGGGAUCCAUGGAUUCGGCCCAGGAUGUACAGGCGGCAUUGAAUACUCUCUUCAAAGCCAAGAAUACGGCAGUCCCGGCAUACCAAAUUCAAGAAAUAGUCACUUCAAAGAUCCCAACCAGCACAUUUAUCAUCUCGUUUACCACACCUGUUCACCUCGGCACGAAAACCUUAGAGGUUGGAACAUCAAAACAAGACCAGCUAAUUGAAAAAGAGGGAAUGCGUUGCAUACUAUGCAGUGAGAAAGGUCAUAAGUCAGUAGGAUGCAAUGCGAGCGCAAGGCAUGUGGCGGGCUGCGCCCGAUCAAUCAUAUAGACUAUUUCAUUACACUCCACAGAUUCCACGUACGCUCCGAUCCUCGGCCA